AUGAGCGUGGCACUCCACCCAGCUAACGCCCGGCGGGCUGCCGCGGCGCCACCGAGCGCCGGCGAGGGCGCGGCGACGGUUGCGCAUGCGGUCGAAGGCAAGGACAUCGACGCGAAGAUGGCGGCGGCGGUCGUGCGCGACGCGCGGCAGGGCGGAGCGUCGGAGCUGAGCAUAGAGCAGUGCACCGUGCUCGGGCCGGGGCAGGUGCUCGCGGUGGUUGACACGUCGUGUAUCGCGACGGUCCGCAUCUGCAACAGCGUCAUCGCCUCGGGGGCCAACGGAACAGCGCAGUCGCGCCCGAGCGAGGGCGCGCAAGCGGGCAGUGUGCGGGAACUCACUCUUGACGAAUGUGGCUUCGCGCCGGGGUUUCUCUCGCUCGCGGACCUCUACCGCGAACUGAGCGGCCUGAAGUCCCUGACCUUCCGAAGAAGCAAGCUGGAGGCGCCGCCAGCGCCCGGUCCGCGAGGCGACCAGCGGAGCCCGGUCGCGCUCCUGGCGCGCCCGCUGGCGCUGGGGUACUGCGCCCACCUCCAACGCGUCGAGAUCGGCUGGUGCUCCCUCGGGACGACGGGCACGUCCGCGGUCCUGCAGCAGCUGCACUUGGCCGUCAGCAGCAGCCCCGCGCACAUGUGCGUCCGCGAGAUCGCCCUGCCCGGCAACGGCGCCGGCGACGCGUGCGUUCCGUCGCUGGCGCAGCUGCUCUGCGGGCCCGUCGGCCGCACGCUGCGCGUGCUGGACCUCACGUCGAACGAGCUGACCUCCACGGGCAUGGACACGCUCGCCUCGCGGCUCCUGCAGGGCUGCCGACAGGCGCUCGGUCUGCACGUGUUCCGAUGCGGGUUCAACCCUAUGGGGAGCGCUGCGCUGCGCGGCAUCUUCCUGUGCAUGUCGGUCUGCGAGCACAUGUCGGAGGUGGCGCUGCCCGGAUGCGAGCUCGGGCCGGAGGGGGCGCCGGAGCUGGCGUCGGGCGUACAGUCCGUGCUGAUGCUGCGGACGCUCGACCUGUCGCAGAACGCGAUCGGGGACGCGGGGCUGGCGCAGGUGUUCAAGGUCUGGCAGGGCUGCGAGAGCCCGCGCGGGAGCCGGGCUGACCGUGGGGGGUCGGACAGUUACGAGACGUCGUCCAGCGGCUACACGAGCAGCGAGAGUGCGUGCCGCGUCCUAACCGAGCGCAGCAUGCAGACAGUAUGGCACCGCGCAUGA